UAAACGCAUAGAACUACCCAUGUUGUAAAAGCAAUUCAACAUUAAAAAUAAACUCAAAUCGCUUUACAUCGCGCCGCAAACCAAUAACUGAUCAGAUCAAUCGCACGUAUUAAUGUAAAACAAAAAUAUGUGUUGGGAGUCAACAGUAGCAGAAGGUCGCUGAUACCACGCCCAACCUUUGGCUGCAGAGGCGUGUCCUCAGAAGUGGGUGUGGUCUGGUCACAGCGCGAGCCACUGUCCGCUGCUCACUACUGUACUCACAGCCGCAGCUCCGCGACGCGAGCCCAGCUUGGAGGGAAGGGGUCUCCGUCACUAAGAAGAACGCCGGAGAGGAGGGUAGAAAGCACCUCUUACUCCAAUAAGCUGCCUCCAGAGCAGUGAAGUGCCUUCAUGGCAGUUCGUCGAGGACACUUUAAGUACAUGAAAGGUGAGCACCAGGAGCUGUACAACAUGUCGAACGGUUACGACGAUCACAUGGGUGGAGAUGAGGCCAGAGACGCCAAAACCAAUCUUAUAGUGAACUACCUGCCCCAGACCAUGUCCCAGGACGAGCUGCGAAGCCUCUUCAGCAGCAUUGGGGAGGUGGAUUCCGCCAAGCUGAUCCGUGACAGACUGGCGGGCCACAGUUUAGGGUACGGAUUUGUUAACUAUCUUAACCCUAGUGAUGCAGAAAGAGCUAUCAGUACUCUGAAUGGACUAAGGCUACAGUCCAAAACUAUCAAGGUUUCCUAUGCGCGGCCCAGUUCUGACAUGAUUAAAGAUGCCAACCUGUAUAUCAGUGGUCUGCCCAGGUCCAUGACCCAGAAGGACGUGGAAGACAUGUUUUCGCGCUUUGGCCGCAUCAUAAAUUCUCGGGUACUUGUUGAUCAGACAACAGGUAUGACAGGGAUCUCCCGGGGCGUCGCCUUCAUCCGCUUCGACAAGCGGGCCGAGGCAGAAGAAGCUGUCAAUCAGCUGAACGGUCAGAAGCCUCCGGGCGCCGCCGAGCCAAUCACGGUCAAGUUCGCCGGGAAUCCAAACCAAAUGAAGAACGCCCAAGUAGCCCCCCCGAUUUACCAUGCUCCGCCCCGGCGCUUCGGCGGACCCUUGCACCACCAGACUCAGAGGUUCAGGUUCUCCCCCAUGGGCGUGGAUCACAUGGGUGGGAUGGGAGGUGUCGGGGUCCCCGGGAGCACCAAUUCCGGCUGGUGCAUCUUCAUCUACAACCUGGCCCAGGAAGCUGACGAGAACUUCCUGUGGCAGAUGUUCGGGCCCUUCGGCGCCGUCACCAACGUCAAGGUGAUCCGUGACUUCAACACCAACAAGUGCAAGGGCUUCGGCUUCGUUACCAUGACGAAUUACGACGAGGCCGCCAUGGCCAUCGCCAGCCUCAACGGUUACAGAGUCGGAGACAAGACUCUGCAGGUGUCCUUCAAAACCAACAAGGGCCACAAGUAGACGGCCGAGCCGUCGGCAGGUCCUGAGGCCGGGAGCUGGAGCAGAUCUGAUAUCACGUUUAGGCUAAGUGUCUAGAAAAGGUUCAUCAUUGUUUUUGUCCCCAUUCGUUUUUUAUCUUGUGUUGGCUUCAGUUUUAAAAAGACUCGACGGUUGAAGCAAAUAUGUUGAAGUUACAACGUAACUAAGAUUGCUGUCCUCUCAUAUGUUUCACUGGGAGGAGGCCGCUCUGGACGUGCGCCACCUGCUGGGGAGGAUCUGCGACAGCAGCCUGUAGUCCUGAGAAGCGCAUAGACGUAGAUGCCUUAAAUUAUAAUUCAGUGGCCACGCACUGAUGACACCAAUCAUUGUCUUGAGAGCAAAGCACUUUCAAAUCUCAACAAAGCCGAUUUCUUCUUUUAGAGCAGGACGGUCAGAGCAGCAGGUCCCGUGCGCUCUGGCAAGGAGAGUGGACCAAAAACAGGCCCAGAAUUUCUUUCCUGAACUGACAAGUUUUAUUCAGGUUUUUUGUUUUUUUUUCCCCCAUGAGAGGUACUGAGGUUCUUUUUGGUGAAGUGCUGAGCUGCUCCGUCAGACUUUUGUUUUAAAGGCUGUUUUUAAGUUCUGGCGACCACAGGUUUGUUUUAUCGAGUGCUCAUCUCGAAGUUUGGCCUUUGUAACGACGGAUUUUCUUUUUCUUUCUUUUUGCUUGUUUUGAUUUCAAACUAAUAAAUUUCAUUUUGUUUUGUUAAAUCUUUUCGUUUGAGUUGGUUGUUUUUUUUUCUUUGUCUUGUUUUGCUUGUUUUGAUUUGAAAUGAUUAUUAAAUCUUUUGUUUUGCUGAA